GAGUUUUGGUUCGUUGGAGUGGGCCUGGUAGUCAAGUAAAGCCCAUCAUGGGAUCUUAUGAUCGUGGCCCACUAGUCUGAUUGAUCUCAUAUUUUAGGUUUUGCUUAUUAAUAUUAUUUAGAAUAUCAUGGACGGUUUAGAUUUCUUUGAUUAGUUUUUUUUUUGGUUUACUUCAUCGCCGAGUAAUAGGUUGCGCACAUGGCGCAAGUUUGGGGUAUAUGGUUUUUCUUAUAAAUAGGCACCCCUUGUAGCUUUUUGAUUCAUUGAAGAUUAAUAAAAAUUCUGCGUUUUUUUUACUCUGAGUUCUUGAGUUGUGGAAAUUCAAUUGGGUGCGAAUCAUUCCCUUCAUCGAAGGGCUAACUACUGUGGUGCGAAGCCACGUCUAUCCCGAUUCGCCUCCAUCUUCUACCAUCCGUACUUCUCAUCUUGUAUAAUCAUCUACGACUCAAAUCCGUUCUUUAUUGCAGCAGUUUUCCUCUUUACAGCAGAAUUCCAGAUUCUGGCCCUACAAGAGGGCUGAAACUUCGGCGGAGCACCAUGGACAGACCGCACUUCGGAUCGCCAUGAAACUUGGAGGUUUUGAAGCCCUCCUCUGGCCGACCAGAGCCAAGGAGGAGCUUACCGCAUUCGGCGCCCCCUCGCACGUGCGGCCAGCCCCCUGCGCACGUGUGACAGGCCUGGUCCGCUGUCCGCGCGCGGGAACUGUCUCCAGGACCAAUUUUCUCCCGCUCUGGCUAUUUCACAUAGUUGUUGCAUGAGGCAGAUUCUCUUUACCUGCUCCAUCGUUACCCCACGAUCAUCAUUUCAUGGCAGGGCGGUUGUAAACUCGAAGAUCAUCUUUGUUCCAUUGUUGGCAUUUGAAGUUUUCAUUUUGGUUGACAAUUUCAGGAUGUGUGGAGUUUCAAUGCCGGGAGAUGAUGGUAGCAUGAAUGAUGAGGCUAUUUGGGAGACACUUCCUGAAAAGAUUCGAUGUAGAGUUUGCUUCGAGGGUGUGAUUAACAUGGUCCUACUUCCAUGCAGGCAUCACAUCCUUUGCAGAGCUUGAUCCUAAAGUGCAUACACAUAAUUGUAGCAAUAUUAGAAGCUGAUCGCACUUGAGAGGUGAGAACAUCCUUUCAAGCUUUUCGCCAUGAAUCAUAAAAUAGUUAUAGUUCAUUCAUUCUAUUAUUUGAAGUUAAACUUCCUAUAUCAUAUGUAGUUCACAUAGUUAGUAUGCUUUUACAUGUCAUUAUAUACUCUAAUAUGAUUGGAUUUUACUCAUGCAUGAUUUAGAAUUGUUGUAGUGCAAAUUAUGCUUUAUUGUUAAUUCACGUGCAUUGUUAGCAUACACGAAUGAAUUUUUGAAUGAUUCAUGCUAAGAAAUAAAUUAAUGAUUUUUCUGAUCUAAUCUAUGUAUGUUGGGACAUGUGAAAUGGUUUUCCACAUUAAGAACCCAAUUUGAGACAUGAUCCGUGUGGAUGACGUAUAUGGAAAACUAUUCACAAGAGGACUAUAUGUUGUUUUGUUGAGAACACACCUCAUUAGACCAUGCCUUGUAACUUAGUUAACCUAUUUUAUUUAUGAACUUAAUAUCAUGAUGUUUUAUGAUUUUGACAUUACUUUGUAAUAUGUUUUGGUGUCCUAAGUGU